AUGCCUCCGUCGCAGGCGCCUUUCCUCUACAGCGCUGUUCAGCGCCACGACUCUCGCUUCCCGGAGCCCAAGUUCGACCCCAAGGCUGUCACGAGAGCAAGCUGGACGCCUCCGAAGCCGAGAAAGAAGCCAUCUGGACCUCUCGUCUCCUUCAACAGGCACCCAGACGCGCACGAGGUUCUCACACAUAGAUCAACUGAGUAUGCUUCUAUGAGCCCUCUUACCAAGAGUUUUAUCAAAUGGCUACGUCGACUCCAAUGUGCGCUGCGUGUGCUGCAGCUCAUCGCCGCGGCUGGAAUCUUGACGUUGAUGAUUCUCAUCACCAAGACUGAUGCGCUUCAGGGCUGGGUCCUUCGAAUCACACCUGGCGUGGUGAUGAUCCACUGUGUCUAUGCCAUCUACCAUCUUGCGCGUGACGCCGCUUCACGUGCGCCGGCCUCUUCUUCUGCUUAUCAACUCUUCUCUUUCGUCUCGGAUCUUGGAACCUGCUCGUUCUAUGCCUUUGGCGCCCUUUCGAUAUACAACAAUGGUGAUAAAUGGCAAACGCGCCUCUCGGACCAGAGCCUCAUGAACUAUUUCAGGCCUACCGUCUGGUACACCCUACUCGGGUCUGGCGGAACUCAUGUGAUUACGCUGUGCAUCGCAGGUUGGCUGUGCUGGACGUUCCGCAAGAUUAGUCAGAUGCCGCCAGACAUGAACCCCCUCGAAGAUCAUCUGACGGCACGCCCCAAGCACAAGAGAAACAAGUCGUCAAUGGCCACAUUUAGCACCGUGGACCACGAGAGCCGCAUGUCUACGGCUGCAAGCGAUCGCCGACAGUCUAUCAUCCCGCACCAGGGCAUCCAUGAUGGGAUCGAGCCGCCGCGUGCUGUUCCAUUUACACACACGCGAAAUGGAUCCAGCACCACUGUUGGAAGCAGAGCCUCUCGAAGCAACCCGCCGGCUAGCCCUCAGUAUCACAGAGUUCCAGUUACGCCUCGUCGUGAACGCCGUGACUCGGCCGCAUCAAAGGCAACUACUCGAACAUCAGCCACACGCUCAGUCUAUCACGAUGCCUACAUGGAGAUCCCGCUGGAUGAGCGCCCCAGUUCUCGACCAGCGAGCAGCUACAACAGGACAAGCCAGCCUCGACCUGCUAAGUUCACUGAGACGUGGAUGCCUACGGAUUCGCUCAUCUCCCGAACUAACCAGCGGAAUCGUCAAAUGGAAGCGGCCAAGACCAGUGCUGCGAAUCGAGAGAACAAGUCGUACGAGGCCUUGGCCCAGCGCUAUGGCAACCUGGACGAUUCCGACUCUGAAUAUGGUGACGAGAACAACCCGUCAUACGGCUUUGAGUCAGAUGCAGCUGACGAUCUUCGACCCCAUCCUCUUCGUCUGAACCCACUGACAGCCGUGCGAGAGACUCCCCCUCGUGCCCAGACGCCUUACUUCCCCGCUGCUAACUCACUGUCUGAAGUCAGUUCUAAUGCCAGACGAGUCAGUGCGAGCAGGGACAUCGCCGAUGAGAAGCCUGCAUUUGCGCCCCGUAAUCGACAGAGCUCCAUCCAGCCCGAGUCCGAUUUCUCUGCCAGACCCUACGGCGAUCUUAAGAGCGCGACCCCUCCGGUGAUGGUGGGCAACACUCGCAAGGUGUCGACUGGUAACGACUACAACAAGUAUUCGUCAACGACGUACGAGCGACGUGUGAGUGGUAAAGUGGUUGAAGAGGGCCGAGGCGGCUUUGCAGGAAACAGGUUUUCCUUCCUCGAUGGACGUAAUCCGCUCGGGGAGCGAUGA